AGCCAUCUUGGCUCAAUUGCUGCAACCAGCGCCGCCUGCAGCAGAAGGCGGACGAGGGGGCCCGGCCAUGGCAGGCGACCGCGCCAGCCUCGGCGCCGAGGCGGAGGAGGCGGGCGCGUGGCUGCUCGAGCAGCGGCCCCCGGAGGAAGGCGAGCAGUGGUCAGGGCCUCGACCACGGACGCCCGCGCGCCGCCGCUGGCCCCAGGGCGCGGCGCUCGCGGUCCUGGCCGCGAUCCUGGCCGCUGGGCUCUGCCUCUCGCGGCGUGGCCCCGCGCCCGCGGGCGCCACGGCCGCGCAGCAGCUGCUCGAAGUCCACCACUCACGUGCCGCGACCGGCACCGGCUCGCCAACCACCACUAUCCAGCAGGACCACCACGACCACGACGACCACGAAGACCAUCACGCGCACCGUGACCACCACGAGCGCCACGACCACCGCACGCCACCAGCACGGCCGCCCUGGCACGCUGCGGCGGGCCACCACGACGAGGCGAGCGGGCGCCACUGGCGCGACCUCCUCGGCGGCAGCCACGGCGAAGGCCACCACAACGACCACACUGCGGUCGGGAGCCGAGGCGGCCGCCGACGCGCUCGGAGAGCUGGCGGGCCGCGCCGGGACGAGAGCACAGAAAGGUGCCAAGGGGAAAAAGGGGGGCGGCCCCGGAGCCACACCGAUUGUGCUGACACGUUCGAAUUCCACAGCCACCAUGCGGUCGAGGACGCGAAGCAGCACAGCGGAGGGUACCACCACAACGGCCACGCCAGCACGUGCAAACGCCACGGUCGCCACAUCGACGUCGACGCGAACUGACUUGGCAACAAACACCACCACAACGGCUACACUGACACUGACAAAUUCCACGACCUCAACAUCGACGUCCACGCAAACAAGCACAGCAACAAAUUCGACGACGCGGACGCAAACCAGCAAGACUAGCACCAGCACCAGAACACCGACAACACCGACGACGUCAACAACGACGUCGACGCCAACAAGGACAUCGACGUCGACAAGUACGUCGACGACGUCAAGCACGCGCACGGCGACGACAACGACAAAAACGACGACGACCCACACUACGACCUUGUCGACAACGUCGACUGGCACUACCAACAAGGACUUUGGCGCAGAAGUCGCAAAAUACAACAAAAACUACUGCCCAGUGUCUGGUUACAACUGCACCGCGACGCGAUGUUGUGCCGAACCUGGCUUCCAGUGCUACAAGAAAAAUUCGAAGUGGGCGAGUUGCCGUAAGAAUUGCACCAAGGGCAAGAAAAUGCCCGGGGAUCUUAACGAAGAACCUUGGGAUUGUGAGGAAUUUGGCGCCCGCACUGCCGAACCUGUCGCCGAAGAUUGGAGCACCUGCUCCGUGAGGGGCGAAGAUUGCAGGCCCCGUAAUUGCUGCUCGGGAAUGGACGACCACUGCUACCUGAAGAACAACGAGUGGGGCAGCUGCAUGCGGGAGUGCGACCCUUCGGCGGCAGGCACAAAAGGCUGGAGCUGCACGAAAGUGUUCUGAGCCACCCCCGCGGUCCGGCGAUGGGCGACCCCCGGCUGGCGCAGCAGAAUUCAAUACAACGCAUGUGCAAGGGCGCCUCAGAGGGAGAGUUCAUCAUACUCAGGUGCUUUCGCUUUGGCGUCACUCGCACGCCGAAUUGGCCAGCGUAACUUGGCCAACGAGCCGAGGUGCUGGGGCAUUCCGUGAUGAAGCAUGAGCACGCCCCAGCGGCUCCGUUCCGGUCGCAGCGCGGGUUGCUAGCAGUCCCCAUGCGGCCAAAAUCAA